AUGAGCGCCGAUAAUGAAUUUUACUCUCCACUUUUCAGUAAAAAUGGUUUAUCAAAGUCACAGCGUCCGGUUUCUCGGAUCUCUUUACCUGAAGAACGUCAUCAAGAACGUGAGCAAUAUUUCCACAACGUACUGCCUGAAGCAAAUUUCCAAUUUUCUCAACUUACAUUGCCCCAGAUCCAUUUUCGACCCAUGUUACCUGAAGAACAUCAACAACAAUAUCGUUCUCAUCAUAAUCGACAUGAUUCCUAUAGCACUGACAAAACUGAUCAUACUUACGUAGCAACUGAUCUUUCAAAUAAUUUUAAGGAUCCUCAAAACCCAAUUCUUCUUAAUGCCAAUGGUUCUCCACAAACCCUAACUCCUAUAUAUCCUACUCCUCACUCUGAAGCUACUUCUAGUAUUCCAACUCCUACUAUUAGUUACCCAAUCUAUGAUGACAAAAAUUUUAACCUUCCUGGAGGUGACCCGAAAUUCGGCAAAUCUUUAAAAAUGUCUAGACGCAAACUCUGGAUCAUUCUUGCUUUGUUUCUCGCCUUGAUACUACUAAUCAUUGUUGUUUCAGUUAUAGUAGUCAAAGUAAAUAAUGCUGCCGCUCAAAAUUCACAAACAAAUAACGAUUUAGAAUCUAAUGGAAAUGGAACUAAUUCAUCUACUAAUAAUUCUACUGGAAUUAAUUCAUCUACUAAUAAUUCUACUGGAAUUAAUUCAUCUACUAAUAAUUCAACUGGAAUUAAUUCUACUACCAAUAUACCUCCUGAAAAUAGUCCUAGUAAUGAUUCGUCUAACGUAUCUAAUACAACUGACGUUAAUCCAAACGGAAGUUUACCUUUAAUCGGUAAUUCCGACUCUACUUCAAGAAAGACUUUACCUACAGUUUCUGCUCCUCCUAUUCCUAAUAGUUGUCCUUCACCAAAACCUUGCACCACUCCUGGACAGAUGCUUUGUCCUCCUAUAGAUGGAAGCAAAUGCAAUUACUAUUGUGCACCUUCGUGUCCAAGUAAUGGUGAUGAUAAUGGUGAUGACAAUGGUGAUGAUAAUGGUGAUGACAAUGGUGAUGACAAUGGUGAUGAUAGCGAUGAUGGUUAA